CGGCUCCUCCCGGGGGCCGGUUCCCGCUGUCUCAGCCGGGGCGCGGAGAGCACAGCGGAUCGACUGACUGGCCGGUUGCUGGCGCUGGGAGCCGCCGCGUCCAGGCCGGCUCGACUGGCCGGGGACUCGAGACCGAGUCGGUCCGCCGCGCCCGGCGCCCUUCGUCUCUCGCCCCGGCGGGCGAGCUGUGCUCCGGCCCUUCCCAAGUUGCGCCGCAGCCACAGCCCACGGCCAGAGAUAGAUUUGGAAAGAUAAAUGAAGGAGUCUAGAAGCAAAAUCAAUGUCAGUGGAAAGAAGAGCUACCAUCACUAAGGACUGAAAACAGAGUGAAACCACUUUCUGAGUUAAAAGACUAUUAAGAACACAAGAUGGGGACUCCUGGUUCUGGAAGGAAAAGAAUGCCUAUGAAAGACCGAUUUUCUGCAGAAGAUGAAGCUUUGAGUAACAUUGCCAGAGAGGCAGAGGCAAGGCUGGCAGCAAAGCGGGCUGCCCGGGCAGAAGCAAGAGAUAUACGCAUGAGAGAACUGGAACGACAACAAAAAGAGGCGUCAUUGUACGAUGGUGGAUUAUAUAACCCUUAUGGUUCUCGAACUCCAUCUGAAUACAGUUAUUACUCAUUAAGAACAAGUUCAGGCCGAAGCAGUCCUGCG